UGCUGUUCACAGGCGGAUUAUACUUCACCAGUUUGCAUUGCCAUUGCAGCAGGUUGCGAAGGCAUUUUAACCCCGCUCGCCGAUGUUCACAUAGCUCUUAUUUGCUUUGAUUCAGUAUCUCUCCUAAACAGGGUCAGGUAGUUGUUGUUGUUAUACGGAAGCAAAUUAAUGUGCAGGCUCGUGGGCUGUGCUGAAAAUCAGCUUCGUGCGUGAUCUGCGUGCCCUGCUCUUCCUCUAAUCUCGCGGCGCUUUCCGCGGACGAACGCGCGGACGGUUCCGUUUUUGGAGAGAUGAAUUCCAUCUAGAGAACGCGCCUUUCCCGAGCAGGCAGAAAUAGGGCUUUGCGCUUGACAAACGUGCUUGGACGCAAAAAAACCCCAAAAAAACAGUGAAUUAGUGCGACUCGUUUGCAUGUGUGCGCGUACAUUUAUUCCGAACGCGGUUAAACGACACAUGCAGGACGGGAUCCACCUCGAGACCUCCCGCAGGAUAUCGUCUCAGGUGCGCGUGCGGGAACGCGACGUUCGCUCGGAGUUUCGCAUCCCCCGCGCGCCGCCAGGGACUUAGUGGGCUCGUGAGGAGCUGCAGGUUAAGCUACUCAUCAGGACACUUGCAUCCGCCCGCAAGCUGUUCAUACGUUUUAAAGGUCACCAUGAGCAGGAAAACACGCCGGUGGAUUUUUCACAUUUUCCUCUGCCUUGGGAUUAUUUAUUUAAAGAUUGGGGGCUUUUCUUCAGUGGUUGCGCUGGGAGCAAGCAUUAUCUGUAAUAAAAUUCCUGGUCUGGCUCCUCGUCAAAGGACUAUUUGUCAAAGCCGACCUGACGCUAUCAUAGCUAUCGGAGAGGGCGCCCAGAUGGGAAUCGAGGAGUGCCAAUUUCAGUUCAAAAAUGGACGCUGGAACUGUUCGGCUCUCGGGGAAAGAACUAUCUUUGGAAAAGAGUUGAAAGUGGGGAGCAAGGAGGCGGCCUUCACCUACGCCAUCGUCUCGGCCGGCGUGGCGCACGCCGUCACGGCGGCCUGCACGCGAGGCUCGGUGAGCGGCUGCGGCUGCGACAAGGAGAAGCAAGGCUUCUACAACCAGGAGGAAGGCUGGAAGUGGGGAGGUUGCUCCGCCGACGUCCAGUACGGCCUCGGCUUCUCCAAGGCCUUCGUGGACGAGCGGGAGGUCAAGCAGAACGCCAGGACGCUCAUGAACCUCCACAACAACGAAGUGGGACGGAAGAUCCUGGAAAAGAACAUGCGCUUGGAGUGCAAGUGUCACGGCGUCUCCGGCUCGUGCACCACCAAGACGUGCUGGACCACACUGCCCAAGUUCCGGCAGCUCGGCUACGUCCUGAAGGAGAAGUACUACCAGGCGGUACAGGUAGAGGCAGUGCGGGCCCGGCGGAACAAGCGUCCCACCUUUCUCAAGAUCAAGAAGCCCCAAUCGUACCGCAAGCCAGCCGACACAGACCUGGUGUACAUCGAGAAGUCGCCGAACUACUGCGAGGCGGACCCGGCGACGGGCAGCGUGGGCACGCAGGGCCGGACGUGCAACAAAACGCUGGCGCUGCAGGCGAACGGCUGCGACCUGAUGUGCUGUGGGCGUGGCUACAACACGCACCAGUACUCGCGCGUGUGGCAGUGCAACUGCAAGUUCCUCUGGUGCUGCUACGUCAAGUGCAACACCUGCAGCGAGCGGACGGAGGUGCACACGUGCAAGUGAGCGGCUCGCUGCGCGUGCGCCCGCGAGAACACGCAGCGGCCCGUG